AAGUCGUGCUCGACCCAGCACAGAGCUUUUCACUUUCCCGCCAUAGUUCUCGUCAGAGGUUUAACACUCGGAUUAGCCGAGCGCAGAGAGAGAGAGAGAGCGAGGCGUCGUUGGAUAUCGUUUUCUCUCGUCUUGUGCACUAAUCUAUCUCGCGAGUAGUUUUAGUUGCUGAUCAACCUCUCCAUUCCCCGUGAAAAAACCCUAGGAAAUGACUGACGGUGAUUCUAGGGGUUUCGCCGGAUCAACCAGCCUCUCGAACCGCUCCCAGGCAGGUAUAAUCUCGAAGAUCCGAUUAGAGAACUUCAUGUGCCAUAGUAGCUUGGUAAUCGAGUUGGGGGAUUGGGUCAAUUUCAUCACAGGCCAAAACGGAAGUGGCAAGAGUGCGAUACUGACUGCAUUAUGUGUUGCUUUUGGGAGUCGAGCCAAAGGCACACAGAGGGCGACCACAUUGAAGGAUUUUAUAAAGACUGGAUGCAGCUAUGCUGUUGUAAAUGUGGAAAUUAAAAAUCAAGGGGAAGAUGCUUUUAAACCAGAUGUAUAUGGGGAUGUGAUAAUAGUAGAGCGCAGGAUUUCUGACACGACCAGUUCUACUGUCUUAAAGAAUUGUCAAGGAAGAAAGGUAGCUGGUCGCAAGGAGGAUCUACGUGAGAUUAUAGAACAUUUUAACAUUGAUGUUGAGAAUCCAUGUGUCAUAAUGACUCAAGAUAAAAGCAGAGAAUUUUUGCAUUCUGGUAAUGACAAAGAUAAAUUCAAGUUCUUUUUCAAGGCAACACUUCUCUAUCAAGUGGAUGAGCUUUUGAAGAGUAUUAAGAGUCAACUGGUUGAUGCAAAUCAACUGGUUGAUGAGCUGGAAUCCUUAAUACGACCGAUACAGAAGGAACUCAAUGAGUUGCAAAUGAAGAUUAAAAGUAUGGAGCAUGUAGAAGAAAUAUCUCAGCAGGUACAACUAUUAAAGAAGAAACUUGCGUGGUCAUGGGUAUAUGACACGGACAGGCAGCUCCAGGAGCACAGGGUAAAGAUUGAGACACUGAAAAGCCGUAUACCUAAAUGCCAAGCGAAGAUUGAUCGACAAAUUGGUAAAAUGGAAGAGUUGAGGGAUCUCUUGACAAAGAAGAAAACUCAAAUUGCUUUAAUGAUGGAGAGGACAGCAAAAGUUAGGAGAAUGAAGGAUGAGUUGCAGCAGAGUCUCUCUCUGGCUGCAAAAGAACGACUUGAGCUGGAAGAAAAUCACCACCGCAAAAUUGACCACAUCCAGAAGAUGGUGAAGCAAGUGAAGUUGCUUGAACAACAAAUUGAUCAUAUUCACGAGCAACAUAUCAAGAGUACACAGGCUGAGGAAUAUGAAAUUGAGGAAAGGCUAAAGGAGCUUCAUGACCAGUAUGAUGCUGCUAAUACAACACUUUCAAGAUUGAGGGAAGAAGAGGAAGCCUUAUCUCAAACCCUAUUCAUGCGAAAGGAAGAAGUAGAAAAGUUUGCUCGUGAGAUUGAAGAAAAUGAAAGGAGGCAUCGUGAAAUUUUUUCACAGAUACAUGAUCUCCGCUUGCAUCAAACCAACAAGGUUACAGCUUUUGGAGGAUUCAGAGUAACUAAUCUUUUGCAGACAAUAGAGAGACACCAUCAUAGGUUUAAAAGACCACCCAUUGGUCCAAUUGGUGCUCAUCUGUCUUUGCUUCAUGGUGAUAUGUGGGCUGUUGCUGUCGAGAAUGCCAUAGGAAAACUUCUUAACGCUUUUGUUGUGACGGACCACAAAGAUUCUGUUUUUCUGAGAGGAUGCGCUAGGGAAGCUGGCUACAACCACCUCCAAAUUAUCAUAUAUGACUUUGCUAGGCCAAGGUUAAAUAUUCCAAAUCACAUGCUUCCUCAGACUAAGCACCCUACUACUAUUUCUGUUUUACAUUCUGACAGUCCUACCAUUCUGAACGUCUUGGUGGAUCUGGGUAGUGCAGAGAGACAGGUGCUUGUCCGGAAUUAUGAUGUGGGAAAAUCAGUGGCUUUUGAGCAGAAGAUAUUAAAUUUAAAGGAAGUUUACACGUCAGAUGGAUACCGAAUGUUUUCCCGUGGUUCAGCCCAGACCAUUCUCCCUCCAAAUAAGAGGGCUAGAACCAGUCGCCUUUGUGGUUCGUAUGAUGAUCAAAUUAAGAAUCUUGAAAGGGAUGCAUUAAAUGCAAAAGAACAUACUGAACAAGCUCGUAGGAGGAAGCGGGAAACAGAGGAAGGAUUUCAGGAACUUAAUAAUAAAUUUCAAAGUGUUAAGAGGCGGCGUAUGGAGACAGAACGUGGUGUUAUGCAGAAAAAAUUAGAACUCCAGGAUAUAAAGAAAUUAAAUGUUUCGGAAGCAAGUCCUGCUUCAGAAUCUACUGUUGAUGAGCUUCGUCAUGAGAUCUCUAAAAUUCAAGUUGGCAUACAAGAGAAGGAAAUGAUGUUAGAAAAAAGCCUUAUUGGUAUGAAGGAGGCAGAAAAUAGAGCCAAUGAUCUAAAAGCCUCAUUUGAGAAUUUAUGUGAGUCGGCCAAAGGGGAAAUUGAUGCGUUUGAGGAAGCUGAGCGUAAACUAAUGCUAAUUGAAGAAGAAUUACGGUCUACAGAAGCAGAAAAGAUUCAUUAUGAAAAAGUGAUGAAUGAAAAGGUCAUCCCCGAAAUCAAAGAGGCAGAGACACAGUGUCAGGAGCUUGAAAACUACCGGGGGGAGAGUCACAGAAAAGCUUCGAUUAUUUGUCCAGAAAGUGACAUUGAAGCUUUAGGGGGCUGUCAAGGGAGUACUCCAGAGCAACUUAGUGCACAAUUAACAAGGCUAAAUCAGAGAUUUCAACGUGAGAGUGAGAGAUAUACUGAAUCAAUAGAUGAUCUCAGAAUGUUGUAUGAGAAAAAGGAGCGUAAAAUAUUGAGAAAACAGCAAACAUACAAAGCUUUUCGAGAGAAGUUGAAUGCAUGCCAGAAAGCCCUAGAAUUGAGAUGGAGCAAAUUUCAGAGAAAUGCAACUCUUUUGAAGCGCCAGUUGACUUGGCAAUUUAAUGGGCAUUUGAGAAAGAAAGGAAUCAGUGGCCAUGUUAAAGUUAGCUAUGAAGAGCAGACACUUUCAAUAGAGGUGAAGAUGCCCCAAGAUGCUUCGCAUAACAAUGUCCGUGACACUAGAGGGCUCUCAGGUGGGGAACGAUCUUUCUCAACAUUGUGCUUUGCACUAGCUCUACAUGAAAUGACAGAAGCUCCAUUUCGUGCAAUGGACGAAUUUGAUGUGUUCAUGGAUGCAGUUAGCCGGAAAAUAAGCUUAGACGCACUUGUGGAUUUUGCUUUGGCACAAGGAUCCCAGUGGAUAUUUAUCACCCCUCAUGAUAUCAGCGUGGUAAAACAGGGAGAGAGGAUAAAGAAGCAGCAAAUGGCAGCACCCCGAUCAUGAUAUCUUCGUCAGCAUUCGGCAACCUCUGCUUCUUUGGUUUGAAACUGCAUAUCUUCAACAACAGCUCAGUACAGGUUUUGGCAUCUGAAUGAUGGCCUCCAGCCUUACAUGAUGGAUAUUUUUGCUCUGUGAUGAAAGAAUUACAAAAUAUUUAGUGAUGUCUGUUCCCUAUGAAAAAUCAUUUGUAUGGCAUUCCUUGUAUAAAGCCAACUGGUUUGAACUCUUCUCAUCUAUAGGUAUUAGGGAACUGUAACAUUUAUAUUAAAAAAAUGUGAAUUUAUUUAUUUUUUGUUUUGCAAUACCAAAUGGAGCCUUAUGCAUUGGUCUUUGG